UCUCUUGGCUCCCAGCUCGUGGUGGUGAAGGUGCAACUUCUUUCGGUCGUCCCGAAUCCGGGUUCAUCCGACACCGGCAGCCACCCCGUAGCGUCCACGCCGAGCCUCCACCUUCGUCGCCGCCAUGCCGCCCAAGUUUGAUCCUAAUGAAAUUAAAGUCGUAUUUUUAAGAUGCACUGGUGGUGAAGUUGGUGCCACAUCAGCUCUGGCCCCCAAAAUUGGUCCCUUAGGUUUGUCUCCCAAAAAGGUUGGUGAUGACAUUGCCAAGGCAACUGGUGACUGGAAAGGGCUGAGAAUCACAGUGAAACUUACCAUUCAGAACAGACAGGCCCAGAUUGAGGUUGUGCCUUCUGCCUCAGCUUUGAUCAUCAAAGCCCUGAAGGAACCUCCUCGGGACAGAAAGAAGCAGAAAAAUAUUAAACACAGUGGAAACAUCAGUCUUGAUGAGAUCAUCAACAUUGCUCGACAAAUGAGGCACCGAUCCUUGGCUAGAGACCUUUCUGGAACCAUUAAAGAGAUACUUGGAACUGCCCAAUCAGUGGGCUGCAACAUUGAUGGCAGACAUCCUCAUGAUGUCAUUGAUGACAUCAAUAGUGGUGCUGUAGAAUGUCCAGCAAGUUAAAAAGUACAGCGGAGACUAUUGCAAUAAAUUAACAUUUGACAACAGACAGGCUCUUCGUUUUUUGGUCCAGAAAAUUUUUGUGUCAGAAGCUGCCACACGUUCUGGGAAAUUAAUUUCUUUAAACCUCUUGCUCUUUGAUAACAUUCAGCUACUUUGCAGUUCAUUCAGAGGAGGGAUGAGGUGCCUUAAGAGCAGGGAAGGUGUUGAAACAUCUUAGCAAUGGGAUUGUAAAUUAAGAGAAUACUGAUUAGGCAAGCCAGAAUUGCCCCAGCAGUAAGUAGUUUGUCUUUUUAGCAGACUAAGAGGAAAAAACCUGCCCCUUUGCUUUAAACACUUUGAAUGUGUGGGGGUGUGGGGUGUGGGGGGAUGGGAAUCUCCUCGAUUCAAACUUAGGAGGGAGGAGGAGGACCCUUCAGUUAUUAGCGGUAAUAGUUGAGAUUCAAGAAUCAAGAAGUUGAAAAAAGAUUCUAAAGUAAACAACCUUUGGCCUGAAAUUUUUGCACAAAUAGUAUGGGUUUAUGCUAGUAUAUAACUACAUGUCAACAAUACAUAAAAAUUUUGUUUUCUGUU